AUGACAGUAGUUGAACAAGCUGUAAAUACUGAACAACAACAACCACGUAAAAGUAGAAAUCCAUUCAAGAAAAAGAAGAAUGAUUUUUCUAUGGAACUCAAAGAUGAAAGAGAACCAAAGAUUCACUUUUAUGACCAUUUGAGAAUUUACAAAAUCUUUGGAUGGAGUUGGGUCUUUCUCUUCUUGGGAAUUAUUGGUUCGCUAGGAAAUGGUGUCAUUCUCUUGGUGUUUCAAUUUCUAUUUGGUGAUUUGAUUAACAUUUUCCAAGCAGAUUCGAACGGCAAUUUACCAACCACUGAAAAGAUUAAGAGUGACAUUUCUCUCAUUUCUAUAAAAUUCACUGGAGUGGCCAUUGGUGGUAUGGCUGCAAGUUUCAUAGCUCAAUUCUUUUUGAGUUGGGCCAAUGAGCUGAUUGGAGUUUCAUUGAGAAAGGCCUAUUUCAAUGCCUUAACAAGACAAGAUGUCGGAUUCUUUGAUGUGAAACAAACAGGUGCAUUGACCAUUGGAUUGAGUGAAGAUGUGGCCAAGAUUCAAGAAGCUUACACUACUAAACUUUCAUUGAUCAUGUCCAAUUUGGGAAUGUUUGUAAUUGGUCUAAUUCUUGCAUUGAUUAGUAGUUGGCAAAUGUCUCUUGUCAUGAUGUCAACUGUUCCAUUAAUGUUGAUCAUUACAGUCAUUUUAGGAAAGUUUACUGAGAUUCUUACUGGAAAAUCCAAUAUUGUCAUUUCCAAGAGUGCUGCAAAGGCCACUGAAGUUGUUUCUUCAUUCAAAACUGUGAAAAGCAUGGGAUGUGAAGAAAAGGAACAAGUCAACUUUGCCAAUAUUUUGAAACGUUUACGUUUGUAUGCAAUUAUCAGAGCAAGUAUUCAAGGUGUCAGUAUUUCAAGUGAAAAUAUCAUUUCCUGGGGAACAAUUGCAUUGGCUCUUUGGUAUGGUGGUAAUUUGGCAGCUGAUGGUGUCAUUACAGUUGGUGAUUUGGUCAAGGUGUUUGGUUUAUUAAUUUUUGCUAUUUUUGGUUUAUCCCAAGCUUUAAUCAUGCUUCCAGAUAUGUCAAAAGCUCANAUGAGUCANACUGCCUUAUUGAAAGUUAUUAAGAGAGAACCGGCUAUUCCAUUCAAAGGUGGAAAACAAUUGGGUGAACAAGUUGGUAAAAUAGAAUUCAGAAAUGUCAAAUUUAAUUAUCCAUCUCGUCCAAAUGUGACAGUUCUUAAGGAUUUCUCACUUGAUAUCCGAGUUGGUCAAUCGAUUGCUUUGGUUGGUCCAUCUGGUUCAGGAAAAUCCACAAUUGUUGGUUUAUUGGAAAGAUAUUAUGAUCCACAAGAAGGUGAAAUUUUCAUUGACGGAGUUAACAUUAAGGAAAUUGAUCCUCAAUGGUUGCACAAAUAUGUUGGCAUUGUAACUCAAGAACCUGUUCUAUUUGCAAUGAACAUUAGAGAAAACCUAGCCUAUGCCAUUGGAAUUGAAAAUGUCACUCAAGAUCAAAUCGAACAAGCUGCCAAAGCUGCCAACUGCCACAACUUUAUCCUCGAGCUCCCUAAUGGCUACGACACCAUGCUGGGUGAAAAGGGAGUCUCCCUUUCAGGUGGCCAAAAACAACGUAUUGCCAUUGCAAGAGCUCUCUUACAAAAUCCAAAAAUCCUCCUCUUAGAUGAAGCAACCUCAGCACUCGACACUGAAUCUGAAGCACUAGUUCAGGCAGCCCUUGAAACUCUCAUGAAAGGAAGAACAUCAGUUUCCAUUGCUCAUCGUUUGUCAACUGUUCAGAAUUGUGAUGUGAUUUAUGUGUUGGCAAAGGGAGAAUUGAAGGAAGCUGGAACGCACAAGGAGUUGAUUGGUUUGGAGAAGGGAAUUUAUAGAAAGUUGGCUGAGAAACAGAUGGGAUUUGGUAGUAGUAGUACUACACUGGCAUCGUUGGAUUCUAAUCAGUCACUUGUUGAUGAGGAAUAG